CCCCGCCCCCCCGCCGAGCAUUUGGGGGCUUCCACCCUUCUGGAACUUUCCAGGACCCCUCCCCAGAACGGGGCUGGGGGGGGAGGGGACCUGGCGGUGCUGGCGGCCAUCGCCCUCGCCCCUCCCCCCAGCACCCAAACCGCCCCUCCCCCACCCCUGCUGCUGGAGCACAACUACGCCCUCCCCCCACCCAAAUCCCCUCCCCCGCCCCGGCCCGAGGUGCUGGAAGCCCCCGAGGAGGUGGUGGCCGAGCCCGGAGGAGGGGAGGAAGACGAAACCCCCUCCUCAUCAUCAUCAUCAUCCUCCUUAUCCUCAUCAUCAUCAUCCUCAUCGUGGUGGAGGAGAAGGAGGAAAAGUCGGCGCCCAACGUCGGGCUCAUCAUCCUCGAGCGACGAUGACGACGAUGACAACAACCGGCGGCGCUGGCUGCGGCCACGAGGAGCCACCACCGGCGGCGUGGGUGACACCGGGGCCACCCCCGGCGCGGGUGACACUUUUGGGGACACUUUUGGGGACGGUUUCGGGGUGAGGUUCGCGCCGCGCAGCGAGUUCGAGCAGAUGACGAUCCUCUACGACAUCUGGAGCGCGGGGCUGGACGCCGAGGACGCGCGGUUCCUGCGCGUGACGUACGAACGGCUCCUGCAGAACGACGGCGCGGCGCCGUGGCUGAAUGACACCCAUUGGGUGCAUCAUACUGUGACCAGGACCCACAGCCCGCGCCGGCGGCGCCGGUGGCCGCAGUGCCGGGAGCACCGCACGGGCAGCGCCCGCAGCGAGGGUUAUUACCCCAUCAGCAGGAGGGAGAAAGACAAAUACCUGAAACCCUGCCCUGCACCCAGACCUGACCCUGAUGGACCCCCUGACACCCAGGGUCCCAACCGGGUGCUCUCGGAGCGGCGCUCGGAGCAGCGGCGCCUCCUCAGCGCCAUCGGCUCGGCCGCGCUGCCGGACAGCGACCUCCUGAAACUCAACCAGCUCAAGUUCCGGAAGAAGCGGCUCCGCUUUGGGCGCAGUCGGAUCCACGAGUGGGGAUUGUUCGCCAUGGAGCCGAUCGCGGCCGACGAGAUGGUGAUCGAGUACGUGGGGCAGAACAUACGGCAGGUGGUGGCUGACAUGAGGGAGAAGCGUUAUGCCCAGCAGGGCAUCGGGAGCAGUUACCUGUUCCGGGUCGAUCACGACACCAUCAUCGACGCCACCAAGUGCGGGAACCUGGCGCGCUUCAUCAACCACUGCUGCACCCCCAACUGCUACGCCAAGGUGAUCACCAUCGAGGCGCAGAAGAAGAUCGUCAUCUACUCCAAGCAGCCCAUCGGGGUCAACGAGGAGAUCACCUACGACUACAAAUUCCCCAUCGAGGACACCAAGAUCCCCUGCCUGUGUCGCACCGAGAGCUGCCGCGGCACCCUCAACUGACCUCGGGGGGCUUGGGGACCACCAGAACCAUCGUGGUGGCCACCAAAAACAUCAUGGUGACCACCAAGAACAUCAUGGUGGGGCUUGGUGACCACCAAAAACGUCAUUGUGGGGCUUGGGAACCACCAAGAACAUCAUGGUGACCACCAAGAACAUCAUGGUGACCACCAGAACCAUCAUUGUGGGCUUGGGGACCACCAAAAACAUCAUGGUGACCACCAAGAACAUCACUGUGGG